CGACGGUUUCACACCUGGUGACCUUUAGACCUGCGUACGCCCCACCAUUGUUCAACGUCUAGUCCUUGGGCCAGGACACCAAAUUUCACAUAUCGGCACAUCAACAAACCGAGUACUGAUAAGCAGUGGAUCAGAAUUGCAGAGGACAACAGUCUACAAAUAUGGCAGGCUCAAUAGUUAUAACAGCCCUGUUGGUCAAUGACGAGUAUGGGAGCUCCAAGGGUGGAAUCUCUACGGUCAACCGUGAGUUGGCCAGGCUACUACGGAAAGGCAAGGUCGACGUGUACUGCACAGUCCUGUACCCACCCCCGAAAGAAGAUCAAGACUGCGCAGACAGAGAUGGCGUCAAGCUGCUAACACCAUUCCGUGAUCCUGAGGACUCACGUGAGCCGUGCAUUGAAUGGCUGACCUACGAUCACCCGACUCGCUACCCGAACAGGAUGAUGCCAGAACAGGUAGACAUCAUUGUAGGUCAUUUCCCCAUCACGAACCAAGCAGCCAAUAACAUCAGCGAGCGCUAUCCCGAUGCCAAGACGAUCCUCUGCAACCACGUCAUACCGUUUGACACCGACCACUUCAAGGGGGACGCCGCGGCCAUUGCUGCGGUUAGCAAAGAGAAACGGCUAACCAAAGAAGCUAAGGAUGCGCACGCUGUGUUCUCUGUUGGGAAUCGGAUCCACGGCCACUACGACAACCAGUACAGGGUUCACGACACGCCGAUCUCCCACCACCUUUACCUCCCACAGCCUUCGGAAAACUUCGCAAACACCAACGUGAAGUACGGCGCUGGUGAGAAGGUGGUGCUCACCGUAGGACGAGUGACGAGAGUGGAGAGGUUGAAGGGCCUUGAUAUCGCUGCAAAGGCCAUGGGGAUGGUCAAGGAGAAGAUCCCAAACGCACGGCUGCGAGUCCGGGGGAUUGCUGUGGACGACUACGCGAGGAGCAAGAACAUCCUAGAGGACAACCUGGAUAGCGGGAAGCUGGUGCCGACGCUGCUGCCGUACGGUACAGAGCGGGAGAUCAUCCAAGAUAUCCGACAAGCCCACCUGGUCCUGAUGCCGUCCCGGGCAGAGCCGUUCGGAAUGGUCGGACUGGAGGCCAUCGCAGCGGGCAUCCCCGUCCUCAUCUCGGACCAAUCAGGGCUCGCAGAUCUGAUGAGGGAGCUGAUGGAGAAAGGGAAGGUCUCCGCAGACUUCCGGCACAAGAUCGUCAGCACCGGUUUGAGGGACUCCGACCUGGAGCAGGCUGCCCAGGUUUGGGCCGACAAGAUCGUAGACAUUCUCGACGACAUGAACUUGAAGUCUGAAUUCAAGAAGGCAGCAGGGUUCAAGAAGGAACUGUUGGAGUCCAAGUACUGGGAGGAGUCUCACAAGACUUUUCUGGAAGUCUGCUGUGGACGUAAAUAAACUUCCCCUGAGUUUUCUGUGGAUUUCUCUAUGGGGACCUUCCAUCUCUUACAAACUAUGCCUUUGGGUACUUUCGGAAGGAAUCACUUAACAAUGGUCUUUUAAAGUGCACCAUUAUGAUGAUUUGGUAGUUGUUUACUCUGGGGACAAAUUUUUUUUUGUUAGUUGGUAAUUGCUAGGAGGAAGAAAUUUGAAAUGAUAUAUUCCAAUACUCCAUAAGUUAUCUGGAUUUAUAUGUGCACUUAGUUAGGACUCCUUUGCUGGCAAGGACUUCGAAUAUGGUACGGGUCAUAUAAUUAUUUGUACUUUUUAUGGCCUUUUUUAAGUAAUUAAGAAGUUGAUAGAUUAGGAUACUUCAGAUGAUUGUAGUGUUAAAAUUAUAUGUCUGAAACCUGAACACUACGUUGCAGCAUUAAGCAAAGCGCACAGUCUAUAUCGAUGUAAAUGCUCUGUGUAAAUUGUGGCCAUACUUCAACAUAAACAAUCUUGGCUUAGAAAUUGUGAUGCUACAUGCAUGAAUAAAAUUCUUGUUUAACUUUUAAGUUAUAAUGAUAUUACAAUAAUUGUUUUCACACACUUGAAGAUGAUAAUGUCAAUUUGAAAACAUAUUAUUGAAUAAGUCUGGCACUGUACAUGCAAGAGUUUGGAGGUCUAUUUGCGAAAACAAUGUGUGGCAUGGGAAUAGCAUAGAAACUGUUUAAGUUCGAAUUCGAGCUAACAACUUUCAAUAUACCCGUAGAUGUGCAUACAAUCA